AGUAUGGAUAAACCUGAAAACAUGUCAGAGAUGAGACUGGUUGUUGUUGGGAGGACCGGAUCAGGGAAGAGCUCCAGUGGAAACACCAUACUGGGAGGACCAGCCUUCACUGCAGAUGUCAGCCGUCUGUCCGUCACUAAACAGUGCCGUAAGCAGACCGGUGAGGUGUGCAACAGGCAGGUGACCAUCGUCGACACUCCCGGCCUCUUCGACACCUCGCAGGAGGACGAACACGUAAAGCGAGAGAUCGCCAAAUGCAUCAACAUGUCGGCCCCGGGGCCCCACGCCAUCCUGCUGGUCAUCAAGCUGGGGCCUUUCACGGCAGAGGAGCGAGACGCUGUCGGGAAGGUGGAGGAGAUCUUUGGAGAGGACGCCUGGAAGUACACCAUCAUCCUCUUCACAUACGGAGACAGGGUCACGUCGGACUUCGCACAGCUGGUGGAGAAGGCCGGACCCGAGCUGCAGACCAUCCUGGAGAAGGUGGAGAACCGGUACCACGUCUUCAACAACCUCAGAGCCAACGAUCGGGGACAGGUGCUGGGCCUGCUGGAGAAGGUGGAGGAGAUGGUCGGUGCCAACGGAGGACGGUUUCACUCCAACUACACCUACGAGGAGGUGUCUAAGAUGCUGCUCAAGAGAGAGGAGGAGCUCAGAGAGUUCUACGACAAGACACUGGAGGAAAGUAUCAGAUCUGUGGAGUCAAAGUACGAGAAGAAGCUGAGCGAAGCUCAACAGGAGCGCCAAGAGGUGGAGAAGAGACUGCAGUCGGAGCUGCAGGAGGUGAGGCGGUACUACCGCGCUUUAGAGAGAGGAGUCCGUCACGUUGUGGAGCACACAGUGAAGACCGACUCCAUGGAAGACAUUCUCAAGUUCCACGAGGCCCUGAAACUGAACUAAACUCAGCCGGACACUCGACUGUCUUCAUCUGGACUAUAAUAUAUAACAGCUUGUUCAGUUUGUUUUAAAUGAUGGGCUUUAAGUGAGUUUAAUACUGGAAAUACAUGCAGAAAACUCAACAUGUGUGAUCAGAACUCAAAUCCUGGCAGUGUCACAUCCUUGAACAUUUAUUUGGAACUACUGUAGCACAAAAGUAUAAAAACAAAGAAUAUCUCCUUUGGAAAUAUUUCUUAUUAGAGGUCUUUAUUCCAGUUUGAUAAAGCAGACAGUCACUCUCCAAAGUUUACAUUCAACAAUCUUUCAUUCACCUGACACGCAGGUAAACCUCUACAUCCCCAGUUCUUAACUUUUAUUUUAUCUGUCGGUUACACCAUGAUCACGGAAUAGUGAUUUCUCCCUCAUAUCAUAUCGUUUAACAUUCCAGGCAUACGUACGUACUUUAUAUUUACUAUUUGUACAAUAAAUUGUCAUUAAAUCCA